AUGGUGGGCUACAUUCGUGUCGCCGUCGAGGCCGUGGCUCUUCUAUCAUGGCUUGCUGGCUUCAUUGCCGUGGCUAUUAACAUAGGGAGCAGUGCUUGUCCGAGAGAAGAGAACGGUUAUGGGACGCUCAAGGCGGCGACAGUCUUUGGGGCGCUGGAAUGGGUAUUGUUCAUGAUGACCACGUUCCUGACUGUUAAGCACGUCUUCAGCAAAACGCGCUGGCCAAAGAUUUCUACGCCAAAGACUUCUAUGACCAGCACCGUUGCACCUGUUUGA